CCCACUCCUUACUCACAGCUCUUCAGUCCGGCUCUUGUGCUUCCAUCGAACUCCAGCAUGGAGGAACUCCAGAGAAAACUGAAUCAACACUACGAAGGCACCAAGCCAAGGAAGGUGAGGUUCAAGCUGGCGUCAUCCUACAGUGGCCGAGUGCUGAAGCAUGUGUACGAGGACGGUCAGGAGCUGGAGAGCCCAGAGGAAAAGUACCCUCACAGCUUCAUCCACCGCAAAAUCCCUCCCAGCCACCUCGAGAUGGAGCAGCUUUGCGGGUUUGAGGAAACUCACGGGGACACACAGAGUGUCUAUUUUCCAACAGGGCUCAUAGCCCAGAGAAUAAAUGUAUACAGAGGGAUGGGAAGCUACAAACCUGCAGUUGGCCAGACUGAUGAAGGAGAGGGAGACAGCAAGUCCUCAGUGUUGGACUUUGGCAAGAUAAUCAUCUACACCAGCAAUCUGCGCAUUAUCAAAGCACCACAGAAGAAACCUGAAAUGUUCCGGCAGCACACGGUGCCUCUCGUGGACUUGGAGGGAUACCCAAAGGCCAGGGAGAGGGGGAGCAGGAGGAGAGCUAAAGCACUUUUCACACAGGAGGGGGCAGAGGAGGAAAAGAAACAGAUCUGCGACACUGAUACCAAGGAGGCCAACAGCUGCCAGCAUUGUGGUGGUUCAGGCUGCGCCCCCUGCUCUCUGUGUCACGGUAGCAAGCUGUCCAUGCUGGCGAACCGCUUCAAUGAGUCCAUCAGUGAUCUGCGUUGCCAAGCCUGCUACCCCUAUGGUCUGGAGAAGUGCCAGUCCUGCUCCAGUAAAUAGCACCAUUUGGCUGACACCCAUGUUUGGCAGUGAGUGAGUGAGUGAGUGAGUGAGUGAGUGAGUGAAUGAGAGUGUGUAGCUGAGUGAGUGUAUGCCCAGUGUGCUACGGGUUUGUCAAAAUCGUCUCAGUGGCAGUGUUGCUCUAAUCCAAAAUGUUCUUGGUGGGGUGUUUCAAAGCACUACUAGGAAACAUAAGCCAUCAUUGGAGAGGGGGAUUGUAACUGUGCAGUGGGCAGAAAAUCAUAAAAUACAAUUACUGUGUGCAGUGAACAUGGCUUGCGAUAACACAAAUACAUAAUCACUUUUUUGUUGUCACAUUAUUUUGCAUCUGCUGCCUUCAUCCUGAUAAAACCUGG